AUGGUAAUUGGAGAUUUAAACGCAAGGAUAGGAAACAUGCAGACGGCAACUACUGUCUUACAAGAAACAAACCUUACCAACAUUUAUAACAACCGCACAUCCAAAGAUACCGUCUACAAUCAAAAUGGAACAAAACUUCUUGAUAUUCUUCAAAACUAUGAUUUAUGUAUUCUAAAUGGUUGUACCGAAGGGGAUCGAGAAGGUCAUUAUACUUUCAUUGGAGGUCAAGGCAAAUCUGUGAUAGACUAUUGUGCAGUAAAUAACGACUGGGUAGAUCUUAUAACCAAGUUUGAAGUUCAAACAAAAACUUAUUCCGAUCAUUUACCUAUAGUUAUUGAAUGGACUAAUAAUGCUAUAAGAAACGAAAAAACUCUUAAUUUGCUCCCAAGAAUGAACUGGAAAAUACAAAAAAUAAAUAUAUACCAUGAAGCUAUAGACAACUUUUUUUCAAAUACGGUGCUGAACACAGAGUCGGUAGAAGAAUACUCUUCGCAAGUAAUAUCAUGCAUUAGGAGUUCUUCUUCAAUUAAAAUGACAACUGGAGAAAAAUUUUACAAGCAAAAGUGGUUUGACUCCGAAUGCUCGAAGUUCCGUAAGAAAUCCUUUGCUCUAUUACACGCAUGGAGAGAAACAGAUUCCGAAGUUUUAAAGAAAUGGUAUGCUGAAGCCAACACCUCUUAUAAAAAUAUGUGUCGUGUGAAGAAAAUCAACUGGGAAAACAACAAAGCUAUUCAACUUGCAAAUAUUAAAAACUCAAAAGAAUUCUGGAAAGCAACAAAAGAGAUAAAUGGUUCUAAAUUUAAAAUAGGUACAGGCGUUUCUGCAGCACACCUAUCACUGUACUUUCAAACUCUACUUCGUGAUCAAAGAAACAUAACCUUUUUAACUGCCGAACCUCUUAUCGUCGAUGAUAUUCUGGAUUGUGAAAUCUCUUUGGUGGAAAUUGAAAAUGUCUUAAAAAAAUCAAAAAAUGGAAAGGCACCGGGAGAAGAUGGCGCUUUAGAUAAAGCCGAAAACUACCGUGGCAUAUCGUUUAUGAACACCAUUGGCAAACUCUUUUGUGGAAUUCUAGUCGCUAGACUUGAAAAAUGGAUUGAUGAAAACAACACCAUGACCGAACUACAGGCAGGAUUCAGAAAAAACUACUCGACUAUCGACCACAUUUUUAGUCUAACUGCAAUAGUGAAAGGUUUUCAAGCGAGAAACAAAAAGGUGUACGCACUUUUUGUAGAUUUUAAGGCGGCUUUCGAUCUCAUUCAUAGAAACGCGCUUUUGUACAAGUUAUCGCAAAUCGGACUUUCUACCAAAUUCAUUCAGAUCAUCAAAGAAAUGUAUUGUGGAACUAAUGCUGCUGUUUGGGAUGGAAACAAUAUAUCGGAUUGGUUUGAAACAGAUAGUGGUGUGAAGCAGGGAUGCCCACUUAGUGCAUUGUUAUUUGCACUUUUUAUAAACGAUGUUGUGACUGAACUACCUGGUGGAAUCAGAAUUGCAGGCACCAUAGUAAAUGUUCUUUUGUACGCCGAUGAUUUGGUAAUUUUAUCUGAAAAUCCGCAAAAUCUACAAUUGAUGAUAAACCGCCUUGUUUCAUUCUGUGAGAAGUGGGGACUUAUCAUUAACACAGAUAAAUCGAAGGUAAUGGUUUUCUCAAGAAAUAAUCGGGGUAACCCAACACAAAACUAUAAUUGGUUCUUGGGAACUAACCGUCUUGAUGUUGUGAGAGAAUAUACUUAUUUGGGAGUAAAGCUUAAUACAACACUUGAUUUCAAAACACAUUUUGAAGAAAAAACUAAAACUUGCCAGAAACUUAUAAACUCUACUUGGAAAAAUGUUUUGUUCAAUGAACACGUUAGUCUGUCAACAAAGUACAAAAUCUUUGAUUCAGUCGUUAAAUCGACAUUGUGUUACGCUGCAGAAGUAUGGGGAACUGAUGAAUUUGAAGAAAUGGAAAAGCUGCAAAGAAGUUUCAUCAAAAAAUUGUUCAACCUACCAAUAAAAACUCCAAAUUAUGCUAUUUACUUAGAAACAGGUUUACCCAAAAUUUUUACUAGUACUCUUAAAACACAAGCCGACUAUAUUCUAAAAGUACUCGACUUCCCCGAAUCACGACUCGUAUGGAAAAUGCUACAGUAUGAAAUCCGAAAUAAAGAUUGGUGGAUGGAGAAAUGGCGAAAUCUUGGCGAAGUCUAUGGAGAAAAUACCAACAUAAUUCCCGGCGAUAGAAUAACAAUAAAAGAUCGGUUGUAUCGUACAAUACAAAAGUUUGAAGAUAAUCAGAGAGCGUUGCUUGUAGCGGAAGCCCAGCAGUCGGAUAGCAGAUUCUUGUACUCAAAACUCAACUAUAAUCUAGAAGCUGAUAACUAUUUUUGUGAUUCGCAUAGUUACCAACAAAUCUCUUUAAUAUUUAAAACUAGAUGCGAGGUCCUUGGGCUAAACGGUGCACCAUAUAAUGGAAGUUUUGAUCGGUUUUGCACAUUGUGUAACCUCAAAUCAAAAGAGGACUGCUUUCACUUUAUUGGAGUGUGCCCAAUUUAUGCAGUACAAAGACAACAAUAUUUAGGAGCUAAAUAUUUAACGGUGCAAGAAACAGUUAAUUUACUUAUUGGCCCGAACUGGAAAAAUCUUUAUUUAUUCUUAAAAAGUGCAUAUAAUUAUAGAAUGUUAUUGAUAACUGAAUUUGAUUAA